AUGAAGUCAAUCCCUAACCCUUAUGUUCGCUCUGUAAAACCAGAGGUCCCUCUGGCAGUUAUUGGUGAGGCCAUUCCCCAUGAACCAUUGGCAUUGCCUCUGCCUGAAUAUUGCCCUAAAUGCAACGCAAAGAAGUUUGCGUAUGAGUCCUUGCAUUUCUGUUGCGGCAAUGGGGAGGUUGAGGUAGCUUCCAAUGCCUAUCCUCCUGAACUUGUUCGGCUAUUCACUUCACAGGAUGAAGAUGCCCAGCAUUUUAGGAAAUACGCACGACUAUAUAACAAUUUGUUUGCAUUUAGUUCACUUGGAGGGGCGAUUGAUGCCCAAACUCAGAAAGGGAUCUAUGUGUUUAAACUUCAUGGCCAAAUUUAUCACCACGUCCCUGAUUUGCUACCUGGUAAUGACAACCCUAAAUAUUUGCAGCUUUAUUUUUAUGAUUCCCAACAUGAAGCUGAGAACCGAUUAGGAUGUUUCCCAGAAUUACGCGAAGAUGUUAUCAACAUCCUAAUGAAUGUUACCCAAAGAAAUCCUUGCGCUAGAUUUUUUCGGUCUUUGAAAGAGAUGGAAAUUAGGGAGGACACCCAUGUAGUACUUAAUAAGAACACAGUGCCUGACCAACGUGUGUAUAACGCUCCUACAUCUGAUGAGGUUGCUGGCAUAUGGCCUGAAGCCACCUCAUCGAGUGAAUCUAGCAGCCCACAUAUUGUAGUUUCUGGGAAGUCUAAUGAGUCUCAUAGGGUUAUGCAUUUUUACGGUUGCUAUGACCCUCUUCAAUAUCCACUAUUGUUUCCGUGUGGGGACUGUGGUUGGAACCAGGGGCUCAUGAAGAUGUCCACUGGUGGAAGACAUCAACUACGAACCCAACAAGACCCGGUCGUGUCUUGUGCUGUGCAAACUGCUGAGGAGCUCUUGUCCGAGGAAGCUAUACGUGCCACUGGAGCUCAUACCAAGGCAGACAAACAUAUCUCAGCAAGAGAAUACUAUGCAUAUAAACUCCAAAGUCGGCCACAAAAUCUUCUCCUCAGAGCUGGCCGUUGUUUUCAGCAAUAUAUCGUGGAUAUGUACGUGAAAGUUGAAAACACUCGCCUUGAUUUUUUCCGGAGGAACCAGGCUACUAUACGGGCAGACCUCUACCAAGGUAUCCUGGACACCGUAGAAAGUGGGGAAACAAAUGCAGCGAAUGUGGGGCAUCGUGUUGUGCUACCCCCUACUUUCAUUGGCGGGCCUCGGGAUCUAAAAAAAAGGUACUUGAAUGCAAUGGCGCUGGUGCAGCGGUAUGGGAAGCCAGAUUUGUUUGUCACAAUGACAUGCAAUCCUAAUUGGCCUGAAAUAAAACAAGAAUUGGCCACUGGAGAAGAAGCGCAAAACCGGCCUGAUCUGGUUUCGAGGAUAUUCAGGGCCAAGUUGCUAGCUCUUAAGAAGCAGAUAAUGGAGAAACACGUGUUUGGGAAGGUUGCUGCAAUGAUUUACGUCGUUGAGUUUCAAAAACGGGGCCUUCCUCAUGCACAUUUCUUGAUCAUUCUAAAACCUGAAUUCAAAAUCAAAACUCCUGCUGAUUACGACAAGUUUGUAUGUGCUGAAAUUCCCUCUGUGGACAACCCUGGACUCAGAAAAAUCAUCCUCAAGCAUAUGAUGCACGGCCCUUGUGGUCACUUGAACCCUCAAUGCCCUUGCAUGAAACAUAAGAGCCAUAAAAACAAAUGUAAAAGCGGGUAUCCAAAACAGUUCUGCCCUGAAACGACAAACAAUAAAGAUGGGUUCCCUUUGUACAGGCGAAGGGACACCGGUGAUGCAGUUUCUAUCCGUAAGGCAAACCUUGAUAAUAGGUGGGUUAUCCCGUAUAAUCCAUACCUAUCAUCUCUGUUUGACUGUCAUGUAAAUGUUGAGGUUUGUUCAACCAUCCAGGCAGUUAAGUACCUCUACAAAUAUGUGUACAAGGGCCAUGAUAUGAUCUCUUUCAAUGUUGUGCAACCUGGUGAGCAGAGGGAUGUUGACGAGAUAGACCAGUUCCAAUCUGGUAGGUGGGUUUCUCCUUGCGAGGUUGCGUGGAGGAUCUUUGGGUUUGAUUUGUAUGAGAUGCAUCCGGCCGUCCUUCCACUCCAGGUCCACCUACCUAACAUGCACACAGUUCAGAUAAGGCCCCAUGAACGGCUUGAUGCUGUUGUUGCAGCUGACAGACAUUCCCGGACUUCUUUGACUGAAUUUUUUAAGGCAAACGCUGCAACCCCAGAUGGCACAGGGUGCCUGUACAGCCGUUUUACAGAAAGGUAUAGAUGGGAUAGUGCUGCAAAACAGUGGUUCUUGAGGAAAAACAAAACUAUUGUUGUCGGUCGGUUAGCUUUUGUUAGUCCGUCUGAAGGAGAGCGUUACUUCCUGAGGUUAUUGCUCGUUCACGUCCCUGGCCCUAAGUCAUUCGAAGAUCUAUUAACAGUUGCUGGGUAUAGAUGCGCAACUUUUCAAGAAGCAGCCCUUAAACACAACUUGCUUGUUGAAGAUGAAUCAGUUGAUCUUUGCUUAGCUGAAGCGUGUGCCGUACAGAUGCCUGGUGCUCUGCGUAGUCUCUUUGCCACUGUCCUCAUUUUCUGCCAACCGAGUAACCUCAGUGCGCUCUGGCUAAAGUACUAUGCUGCACCGUCAGAGGAUUUCAGCCAUCAAUUUCCAGAUUCUGAGGCUAAGAUCAAGCAACUCACAGCUAGUUCAGUUGAGCAAUCCUUGGAAGAAAUGGGGAAAUCGCUCAAGACUUUUGGCCUGGACCACUUGCUUGAGCCUACUGAUGAUGAAAUUGCAAGAACACGAGAUAUAAUUGAUGCCCUCGAUGCACCAAUUCCUGACCACUGCAUCCGCUGUCGUGAAAGUCUCAACCCGGCACAACAAGAAGCAUUCACCUGCAUCAUUGACCAUGUUAAACAAAAGAAACCUGGUGCAUUCUUUAUAGAUGGCCCAGGCGGAACAGGGAAAACCUUCUUUUACAAUGCCCUGUACGCAGAGAUACGUCUCAUGGGCUUGAUCGUGCUUCCAACUGCUACAUCAGGCAUAGCUGCAGCCAACAUACCAUCCGGAAGAACAGCACAUUCUAGGUUUAAGAUUCCUAUAGAUACUGAAGCUUCACUAGCCUGCGAUGUGCCCAAACAAGGUAGCCUAGCUGCAUUGAUAAAGGAAACAACGCUCAUCAUAUGGGAUGAGGCUUCAAUGGCCAGGAAAGAAAACGUUGAGUCUCUAGAUUUACUACUUAGAGAUUUGUGUGAUGAAAACCAACUCUUCGGAGGUAAGCUUGUUGUUUUUGGGGGAGAUUUCCGUCAAGUUCUUCCUGUCCUUCCCCACAGAACACAACGAGAAGCAGUUGGUGUGAGCUUGGUCAGUUCUGUACUGUGGCCUAAGUUAACAAAGUUCCGUCUCACAGAAAACAUACGGGCCCGAGAAGAUCCCCAGUUUUCAGCAUUCUUGCUUGCUUUGGGAAAUGGAGAACUACAGACUGCUGAAAAUAACUACGUACAGUUACCAAGUGAAGUGCUAAAGCCUUUGGAGGAUGGCAGGGACCCAAUAACAGACCUGACCUCACUUACAUUUCCCGAGUUAGACCUUCGCAACUUUAGCUCAGACAUAUUUACAACAAGAGCAAUACUCACUCCAAUGAAUGAUGAUGUUGAUUCCAUAAACACGGAGCUGAUAAAGAAAUUCCCAGGGCAACCAGUUAUGUAUAAAAGCUUUGACAUGGUGCUUGAUGAUAAUUGCAAUGUCUAUCCGACAGAAUUCAUCAACACAUUGUGUCCUGGUGGGAUGAGCCCUCAUGAGCUCGUCCUAAAGGAGGGCAGUCCAGUUAUUUUGCUUCGGAAUAUUUUGCCAUCGUCCGGCUUGUGCAAUGGUACACGACUAAUCUGCAAGGGGCUUUCCCCCAACCUCAUUGAGUGUGUUAUUAUAACUGGCCACCACAAAGGGAAGCAUGUCUUCAUACCACGUGUAAAACAAAGGCCUUCACCCUCCUCUAAAUAUCCAAUUUUCUUUCAAAGGAAACAGUUCCUUGUGAAACUCAGCUUCGCAAUGACAAUUAAUAAAUCUCAAGGCCAAACAUUAAGUCAGGUGGCUAUUUACCUGCCCCGCCCAUGUUUUUCACAUGGCCAGUUGUAUGUGGCCUUGUCCCGUGCAAGGCAAGCACGCCAGGUGACUGUCAUUUCACCUGAUACUUCACAACGGCUAGCUGGAACACACGUUGAGAAUGUCAUAUCUUAUGAGGUCCUGCAGAUGGCUGGAAUUAUCUAG